GCGUGGUCGCUGUCUCCGUGGGCGUGGUCUCUGCUACCGUGGGCGUGGUCUCUGCCAUCGUGGGCGUGGUCUCGCUCGUCCACUUCCGCUUCGCUCGCUGCUGUCACGUUUCCGAGAUGAUAUCCGACCUGCUCCUCUUCGGGACCCUGCUGGUGAACGCGGGAGCGGUGCUCAACUUCAAGCUGAAACGAAAGGAGUUGGUGCAAGGGUUCGGAGCAGAUACGGUGGAGCACACAACCGGCGAUGGCAUUCGCGAGUUUCUGCUGAGUCUGCGCUACUUCCGGAUAUUCAUCGCCAUGUGGAACAUCCUCAUGAUGCUCUGCAUGGUCGUGCUGUUUGGUUCGUAGCGGAGACAUGGGCGCCAUCACCCUCCGGCCCCCGUACCCUCUCCUCUCGCCGGUCUCGCCGAGCCUCUCCCGGUUGCCCCCGCCCCCACCCGGUUAGAUUUAGCGCCACCGAACACCCGAGCCCAGCCCUGUCCCCGGAAAGGUCCGGUGCCGAUUUUGGCUUUCCUCCUCGCUUUUUAUCGAAUACAAUAGGGCCGCUCGCAGCUGCACCUUCCGAAGAAGAUGAAGGGCAUUUUUUUUUUUCCGACCAAACGCCGACAGAAUCGCGCCGUUUCGCCGGGCCGAGUGCCACGGCUGACGGAAGUCGACGAUGAGAAGUUGCCGUCUGCGAGGGCUUUCAUUUUGAUAUCUUGUCGCGCGCAAGAUUAGAAUAGAAGCAGCUGACGUCGCGUCGCGACAUCGUAACCCCGACGCACGUGACCGCUAAUUCGCAUCCCUCCUGAUGACCUCUCUCGUCAACUCUCUCAUCUCUUGUUCAUGCAUUUUCCAUUCCGAACUGCCUAACGCAAUGCAAUCCGCCAGACAGUUCCUGCGAUUCCCACCCCGCCGUAGCUGCUCGCCCCGUGAGUUUACGAAGCCUCAGUCAUCACUUCAAUAAAAUGAACGUGUCGUUGCCACAUACCCGGAGCGCACGAGUGACCUCGACUCGCCCGAAAGCCAAACUAAAACUCGUGGCGAGCAGCAGAACGGGCGGUUCGGCACAAACCAUUUGCUGUACCGCACUUCUAUGCUUCCAUGCUGAAGUGGAUGCCAAGUAACCGUCACAGGGGGCGAUGGGGGAGGGAAUUAAUUCCACGGUGGAGCAGUGCGAGGGAAUAAGUAGAAAAGUGAGGUGGCUUGCAGUGUGGUAAGCGGGUUGGUGGGUGAAUGAGACGAAACAGUCAUCGUCUAAUAGACCCGAGUCCACAACAUGAGUGGAUGAAUCAACGAGUGAAGUUUACGGGGACGGCCACCAUUGUGGCAGCGUUAGCAAAGUGGUGAGGAGGCGGCUGACCGCCGGCGGGUGACUGGAGCGAAUCGGCGAGUGGCAGAUAAUCAAUUCUGAUCUGGUAACGACAAGAUGACAGCUGUUUAGGUUCCAUUUUCAAUUUAGGUGAAAGAUUCGAGGGCACUGCCCGGACGCGUGAAACGCUGAAAGCUUCCAUCGCUCAACGCGUCCGAACGCGCCAUCGUUUGACGCACGUGAAGCCGUUUGCGUGGUGGUGACGGUUAUCCCUGCGCACUUUUGUGUCGGAGCUGUCCCUGUAGCAGCGACUACCUUCGAGGUCAAUAAAACGAAACUCCCAAGA